GAAAGGUGAGUAGCGGGUGUUAGAAGGGAGAGUUGGGAGGGUAGAGAGCGAAGAGAAGAGGAAGUAAAGAAAAAUUGUAUUUCUACCUUUGCAGCAAGCGGUCCAGGAGGAUGCGGUCUAAUUUAUAUGAGAAAAAGUCGUUGAAGCAGGUGGGGGAAACGAUAAUGAGACUUUUCCAGCCUGCCUGUGAGGACCGAUGUUUUUAUAUUGUCACCAUUCACACUGCAAUAGGCUGGCCAAACACUGGGCUGGGAUAUGCAGCCGCGCGUCCAUCACAGACUGCUCCCACCGCCUAUCCCAUCCUCCUAUUGCGCUCUAUUGGCAUGGAAUGCGCGGCCAAAGGGAGCGCAAUGUGAAAGAGCGCAACAAAUGCGAAGCGAUUGGGCGAUCGCCCGUGCAUGUGUGGGUCGAUGACCCCCUCGCCGUCCCUCCAUACUCGCCCAUUUGCCGUGCCGCUCGCUCUCUAAAAAUAAGUUCGUUUUGUUGUGAUUCCUUUUGCGUAUUCCGCGAGCCAAGGCUGCCGCCCAGCGCAGUGUGGUCAUCGACAAUCGCGCCUGGCCCAUCGCCUGAAGGCUGCCGGGACUGCUGCCAUGUGAACGGCCCGAGGCGGACCGCCCGAGUGUUGAACCAGCGCUUUUGCUGUGCUGCGCAUGACUACCUAGCCUGCAUGACUGUGGGCGGGCUGGCGGGCUGGCUGGCGACGAGACAUGCAGAAUGCUCCCACCCGCCCUUCCUGACAGCCCAAUGUAGACGACACCUCCUCUUUCUUGCGUGGCCUUUGGCUCCGGAAAGGAAUCUAUUUUUUCUGCUCCCCACCAGACGUGCCGCUGGGCACAGCGUGUGCUAUGAAGAAGCGGUCCUCAGUGGACUGAUGUCGCACCAGCUUGUUUUUUUGCUAUAUAGCCGGCGAUCAUCGAUUUCUAAAAGCUGCGACACAUUUCCACCGCAGCGCCGUUGCGGUCCUCAUUGGCUCAGGUUUGCGGCCUGUAUGGCGGCCCCUCAUUGCAAAUCACUGCUGCUGCCUCCCCCUUAUCGACCUGCGAAAUUGCAGGCGCUCUCUGCGCCCGCAGUCCACUCUCGCCCAUCUCUUUUGGGGGGCAAUUCUCGGAUUUCGUCUGCCCUGACCGAGACGGGAUUGCUUGAUGUCAUGGAUUUCUAGGCGAAACGUGCGACGGUUGGGCGUCGGCGAUAUGGAUCAUUGGCAGACGGCUCCACAUCAGCUGCUGACUGGUACAUAUAACAAGCAGUGCAACUGCGUGUGCAGGUAGGUCAAUGUACGGUCCAUUGAUGCACAGUGCGAUUAUUAGCUCGGAGAAAGGUCCCAACACAGCAG